AUGAGGCAAACCUCAGGUUUUGAAGACUUUUAUGCAGAAGACAGUUUUUGCCUGGCUUUCCUAAGUUCCCUCCCCCCCCCCCCCCCCCUCUUCCUAUGCAUGCUGUCGGUCACUGACCUGGUCCUCUCCACGUCCACGCUGCCCCGCAUGCUCUGUCUCUUCUGGCUUGGAGCCCAUGACAUUGCCUUUGAUGCCUGCUUGGCCCAAAUGUUCUUCAUCCACAGCUUUACUGCCAUGGAAUCAGGCUUCUUUUUGGCCAUGGCCAUUGACCGUUAUGUGGCCAUUUGUCAUCCACUGCGCCACAGCACCAUUCUCACCCAUGCUCACAUUGCCAAAAUGGGAGCUUCUGUUGUGCUCCGAGGAGUGGUCUUCUUUUCUCCACACCCCAUCCUGCUCAAACAGCUGCCCUACUGCAGGACUCGAAGAAUUGCCCACACCUACUGUGAGUUCAUGGCUGUGGUGAAGCUGGCGUGUGUGGACACAGGAGCCACCAAACGUUACAGCCUCAGUGUGGCCUCUGUCAUUGGGUCUUGCGAUGGCUUUUUUAUUGUCAUCUCUUAUGUUCUAAUCCUCCGUGCAGUCUUUCGUCUUCCAUCACGGGAAGCAAGUCUUAAAGCUCUAGGUACAUGUGGCUCUCAUGUCUGUGUCAUCCUUGUUUUCUACUCCACAGCUGUCUUCACCUUCCUCACUCACCGCUUUGGCCACAGUGUGGCCCCCCGGAUUCACAUCUUUAUUGCCAAUAUGUACCCUCUGGUCCCACCUUUUCUUAAUCCCAUUGUGUAUGGUGUUAGGACCAAGAAAAUUCGAGACUAUGUCCUUAGUUUUCUAAGGAUAAAGUUUGCCUGA